AUGGGGGAACAGUUGGAGAAAGAUCUCGCCUCGUACCAGGCGAUCGCCCGAAAACUCUGCAACUUGACCGAGGAUGAUGACAAAGCGCUAUUGACAAAGUCGAUUGUCAAACUUGUCCACUACCUUAGAUCGAUCGACCAAGACGACACAACUCGUCGCGAUGCCCUGGCCGUGGCGAUCCAUUGCAUUGGAAAAUCCUGCUUCAUGGAGAGCGACGAUCUGGUCGUGCGCGCCGCUACCGCCGGAGCGAUGGUCCACGCCUUCCGAAUUUACGUCCCGAACUUUCCUCCCUUUUGCCUCACAGACACAGCCACAGUCGACGAAGAACGUGUCCUAGAUUCGCUGAACUUCCUUGUCGAUCUCUUCCCCCACGCAAAUGACGAAGAAGCGAACAAGAAAAUCGGCUACGCGAUCGAGUACAUCAACACGAUUCAACUGUUCAACUGCGUUUUCAAACUCGAGGGAGAGGACAUUGGCGAAAACGAAUUCAUCGACAAGGCGAUUAAGAACAUCAUCGAAUGCAAGAUGAAAGACCCGGGCAAGCGAAAAGUGCUCUCCAACAUUCUCCGAGAGCUUAUCAUCGUCAGCGAGCACGAAGACUUUAAUGUCAUCGAUGUGAUGCUCUCGUACCUGAUCACCGGCGUCCCGAAUUACAACAAAAACGCGGCUCAAGUCGUUAAAGACGCGUUUUCCGAAAGCGGAGAGCACUUUGCCGACAUUCUAGCUCUCUUCUUCAACACUGUCUUCGUUCAAUUCGACAAGAUCCCGAUCAAAGUCGCCAACAAAUGGCACGAAGUGCUCCUCACUCUCUUCAAAAUCGACCACAAUCUGAUUUCCAAAGAAACCGUCAAACAUGUCCUCGAACUUGUCCAUUCAAACACAACUAAAGUCGCAGAACGAUCAAAGGCCCUUUCGUGUGUCUGCGAGCUCUAUUCUUCAGAAAAGCUGCCUUCCGAAAUCAAAAACUUGAUAAUCAAAGCCCUGUCCCACCCAGUCGAUGACCCGAAAGUUCGCGAAAUGGUUGUCAAAAAGUGCUCCGAUGUUCUGCUCAAAAAUGGGCCGGACGAAAAAAUUCUCAAACUUGUGCUCAACUUCUACAACGAUGUAAAGGAUAAUGUCCGCGAAACCGUCGCUGAACGACUGCAAGCGAUCAUGAGCUCUUCCGUCGACUUUAUAACAGAAGAAUCGGUAAAAAUACUGAGUACAGUGAGUACAGAUCGAGUGUCACUGAAAGUCCGACUUGCUGGAAUCAGAAGCAUCGCCCAUGUCUACAAAACACAUCGUUCUCAAUCACAUUUACCACUGAUGAAAGAGUUGCUCCGCCAGUUACUGAAGGUUUACUGGUCUUUUGCGAUGUCAAAAGGUUCGAAAGGGGAGCUGACGGAUUCAGAAGAAUCUGGGCGAAUUGAAAUUAUGAUGGCUUUUCAAACCGUCAUCGUUGGAGGCGAUUCCGUGGACGCAGAAGAGCGAGCCGUCAAUAUGACGAACAUCUGGCUGGACGAUGACCCGCAGAUCGAAAAAAUCAUCCGACGGAUGCUUCUGGAGUUGUACUCGAUGCGAAAGCCGUUUGAGCGCUCUUUGGAAAUGAUAAUGGACCAGUCUGUCGAAGAAGGGCCGAUUGAAGAAUCGAUCAAGUCAUCUCUGAACGCUACUUGUGUCAAAGCUAAGGAUAGUAUGAACGAGUCGCUGAUGAAAGUAAUGCUCCAGAAUGAUAAUCUCCUCGACAUCGGCAGAAAAAUGACGUACCUUGAAAUGAGCGUCAAGCAACGAGUAAAAUCACAGAAGAAAUUUAUCGACUCGGUUCGAUCAGCAGAUUCAACUAUCAAUUUGACUGCGCUUUCCGAGCUUUGCAAACGAUCGACCGACUGCAUCAUGGAGCCAAAAACUGUGAUCAAGCUUUUCAAACUGCACUCAAACUCAACCGAAGAAGCGAAAAAAGAGCGCAUACUGAAUUUGAUUUAUUACUUUUCAACCACUCACGAAUACUCUUUUGCGAAUCUCGAAGUCUUUGAGGUCGUUGUGGGCAUCCUCGAAAAGGGCGAUACAGUCAAAGAGAUGCUCUUGCUGCUCAAGAAUAUCGGAAGUUUGUUGAACCAGGUCUACGAGGGUCGAAAACAAGCUGAAGAGGAUGAAAACGCGGAACUGGAUCUUUCGAUUCUCAAUCGAUUCUGCAGCGUUCUGGAAGAUUUGAUACAAGGCGAUGAUUACAAAUUGUCCAAGUUAGCUAUUGCGGCAAUGAUUUCAAUCGGCAACGAAGGCGAUAUCUGUGUAAAAUCGACUCAGAAAAUUCUUCAAAGACUAUCUGGAAACGCUAUUCGAAAGAUCAAAUCGUGCUUAAAUUCUGGAGACUAUGACAAUGAGUUCAAUAAAGCGGCCCUGAUUCUUGGCUGCGUGAUGGCGGAUACUACGAGCGCAAGUCGUGGCCAGUUUUUGCAUAUAUUUGAAGACUUUGUGGUCGGUAAAAACUUACAAAUGCCUCCGGAAAAUGCCGCAGCCUUCAUCAAAUGCUGCGAGAGACAUUUGCGAUUCAUUUUGCAAGAGAGAACUACUAAUUGUGACCGCCUGAUCCAAUUCAUCUCCCAGCAGCUUCAUCGAAACAAGGGUGAGGCGAAAACAGCCGCUACAGUCGCCCUAUUCCGGCUAUCAACUUACAAGGCCGCUCGAUCCAGCUUGAGUGGAAACGAUAUUCGCCAAAUUUCAUUCGAGCUGGCUAAAAUGAAAGCAAAAGCCCUCAAGUACAUUGGAAACAAGAGUGUUCCGCUCAUGUGGAUUUCUAUCCUGAUCAUAUUGGAGUUUGAUAACGAUUCUGCGUGGGUUGCGAAAAUUCAGCAAGUCGUAAAGCUUUACAGAGAGCAAAUUACGAAUGACAUCACGAAUGAGCCUGAAACAGUUCUUGUUUACGUCAUCGAUCUCUUACAGAUGUCAUUUACUCUGCAAGAGCUGAAAAGUCCAGAAGGUCAAGGAAAGCUGGAAGACAUCCAGGACCGUCUGCGUAUUUUCAUUUCUGCGUUCACUUCUCCGCCGUCGUAUGGUCUGCGUAAAACUGAAAGCGAUCGAAAAAAGCUUUGGUCUCAAUUUUCUCGCUCGUACGGAAUUCUUUACGGGAUCGCGCAAGUCUGUCGCCGCCAUCUUUUAACCAUCGGUUGUACGACGAUCAAAGUCACUGAGAAAACUUACACCGUUUGUGAGAUCAUCAUGCAAGAAAUUCGCCGUCAAUCGGCAGAAUCAAAGAUGAGCAUUGAUCAUUUUCUUCCGAACGAAAUGUUGAGGCUGUUUUCCAAGAAACUCUUCAGCAUCGCAAAGACCAAAGAAGGCAGAGUCAUCAACAACGAUCAAUCACAGUAUAUGCCCGAGUAUUUGGUCUACGCAACUCAGGGCACGAGCGCGGGCAAGAGAAAGCAGCCGAAGGAUAUUGAAAAGAUGAAGCUGGAUGAUCAUGAUAGCGAUGAAAACAGAGAGGAGGAAGAGAAUCGAGAAGAAGAACAAAUCAUUCCCAAAGAAACCAAAACUCGAUCUGGCCGUUCUGUCCGUCGAAGGAUCAUCGAUGGAACAGAAGAAGACGAGAAGAACAAGAGUCAAAAUGCUGAAAAGAGUCAGAACGCCUCCACUGUUUCUGAAGAGUCCGACAUCUCUACUGUUUCCAGAAACUCGUCGCGAAACUCUGACCGAAGCCGAAGCAGAUCUCCGGAUAGUAUGGAGGUUGAUUCUGCAAACGAGGAUGGAAUGAUGUCACCUCCUACUCGAAGACCACGAAGAACGACUUCGAAGCCAGAGCUGGUUAUCAAGGCGAAAUCUAAGAGAAAGACUAUGGGAGGAAGAAGAAAGCUCCCAAGUUCUCAAGAAACCGAGACGGAAUCGGAAGCGGAAAAAACUCCCAAAAAGGCCGCCAGAAAGGUUCCAGAUAAGAAGGAAAAUAAAGAGAACUUGGGCGGAAAAAGUCAACGAAAGAAGACGAUAAACUUAGACACCUCCCAGUCAUCGCAAGAUGAAGAAAGUCCGAAGCGAGGAAGACGAACUCGACUGGAAGAAAAAAAGAUCGAUGAUAGCAAUGUGACUAACAAUCGACGAAAACGCAAGCCAGCGUCUUCCCAGUCAAGCCAGGAAUCAGACUCUGGCUCAGUUUCUUCAAGACGCUCUUCUUCACGCAUUGCCUCUCAAAGCACCGAUUCUCAGUCGCCAAAGAAAGUAAGAGCUCCUCCAAAGAAGCAAAAGACCCUUACUAAACCACCCGCGAAGGCGCAGCGAAGGUCCCUGAGAAAAUGA